AAGUAUAAAGUUAAAAUGCGAAAUUUUGUCUUGCUUCUUUCUUGUCCCGAUGUGAGAGAAUUGCGUUGAUAACAGGUGGGAAACACAUACACGGCGAUAAUGUGAGAUCGUAGUGUCUAGUGUUGAUGCCAUUUACAUCAACACACUGACUUUUUAUUGAGUAUCAGGGACCGAUUCCACAAAGUCCAAAUCUAAAACCUUGUCACAAUGCAUAGUAUUUGGUAAGGGAACUUGAAUUUUUGACACAUUUGUCUUAAGAUAAUAUUGAUGAGUUGAUUAAAAUUUUCAUAUUCAGGGCCCAAAGAUAAACUUUAAAAUCGUAUUUCAAGUUUUGACAUGUCAAAAUCAGCUUUGUGGAAUCGGCAAUAGUACCGGUAACUCACGGGUGAUUGGUUGUUGUUGUAACUUUGCUACAGUUUACAUGGAAAGAAAAGCAAAACAACAAAGCACUGACUGAUAUCCCCAAACUGGCAGAAAACUGACUUUAAUGCCUUGGGGUUUUUUUUUAUGACCAGUUAGGCCUACCCUCAUAAUAAAGCAUUAGUUUAAAUUGCUAAGAUAAUCUGAUACAGUAUCUUAGACUACACGUACCUCCCAGCAUGUUCUAGUCUGCCUGGUAGCUCGCUAACAGUAACUGCACUUUUAACUUGUGACACUCAGAUUUUCUUUACAAAAAGUGUAGUGAUAGUAUUUGUUGUGUGAACAAGUAAUACCUUUGCUAUACGUAAAUAGUGGGGUUCACUGUCAUGCUGUUUUGUAAGGAACAGAUUUAAUAUGCCUUCAUGUUUCUCUUUUACUCCAAUAUGCUAUACACAAUUAUACAUAUCCCUGAGAUAUGUGUAUAGAUUUUGGCUUCUCUUCUACCACUCAGAAUUUUGUAAAAUAUCCGGGGAAUGAAUAAUAUGAAAUAAAACAUCAGAGUCACCAAACUACUUCAGUUUUUGUCUGAGGUGAGUGCAUAUUGAUAUAGCUGUAGAAGUACAAAGUGGGAUAUAUGUAAUGACAUUUCAAUGACGCUAAACAUUCCACUGCUGCAUCAGCAGCAAGGUGAACAGAGCAGAAACUAUAGAAUUAAACUGUAGCAAGCUGCCCUAAGAAAUAGGCCUACCCUUUUUGCAACAAGCUAAAAACAUGUUGAAAAACAUUGAACUGACCCAAUAUUUUGAUUCAUAUUCCACUCUUGCAGCAUAUUCUUUUCUGUCCAGUUUCGUGUUAUUUUCCCCAGAGAAAGAAGCUUUAUUCCUACAAAUGCCUGUAAUAGAUGUAAAAUGUUUUCGCAUGAGGUUGCAAGCAAUGUUCAUAUAGGCUGAAAAGUGACAUUGGUAUUAGCAAUAAAGAAAUCAACUGAUUUUUCUAGUUUAUCGAUUGAUUUCACUUUAUUCUAUAUAGUGGAGAAGGUCUCUAUGAUAUGUUGCCAGGGUAAACAUUGUUUUCCAGUGGAUAUGCCUACAUUGGAGACUGGAGUGUUUUUAGAGGUUUACAACAGCCAGUGGAACAGCCAAAAUCAUCACCAUGGCUUACACCUGGCAGCUAGGGUGGACUGCUUUGACCACAACAGUUCUUGUGGCAUUGUGUCACCUGACUGGAGCAAGAGGGGCAUGUACUGUUAGCUCUGUAACCACCAUGUCUGGAAACGGAAACACUGCUGACACAGAUAGCUACAUUACUUUUUCUCCACUACCCACAAAAUCAUUUAAAUCCACGGGUGUGUAUGAUGAUGGAGGGCUAGGGCCUUUCUUCAACUUGGCUCGCAGCUUUAUCAACAGUUCCAUGCCCAACGCAUUUCCAAUAGUGAUCUUUUCUGGUCUCCUGGAUGGAAGUUUUAAUAUAAUGACUGAAUACUCACAGAUCAUUACCCUGUCCAUGGGAUACAUGGUGUGCAUUGGGCUAGGCAUUCUGUUCGUAGUAGUGUUUCCCAUCAUGGGCAUAUGUUUCUGCUGUUGUCGUUGUCAUGGCAAAUGUGGAGGAAAGCGAGUCCAAAAUCCAGCCAACAACAACACACGCAAGAGGAUGACUUAUGCUGGCAUUUUUGGCUUCCUGGUCCUGUUAAUUAGUGUUGGUGUGAUAUGUUUAUUUGUGACAAACAGACGUAUGACCGUUGCCAUUGAUAAUUUUGAGACAUUGUAUAAUGAUAGCAUAACAGAUGUUUCUGAGUACAUGGAUCUGCUUAAACAACAAAUUACACAUCUAGGUACUAACAACUACAACUUUGUGGAGGAUGUGAUCCUGCGAGAUUUAAAUUCAAUCGACGUAGUAUGCGGAACUCGAGUAUCGGUACUCUUACAGCAGGACUCAAACUUUACAGUUAAUAGCAUGAGUGCUAUCACUUUAAUGCAAACAAUCGAUUCCCUGUCAUCAACUUUAGGCUUUAUCGACACCGGCAGUACAGAUGUGGACACCAAUCUGUCUGCCCUUAAAAACUCACUAAGCACAGUGAAAGGGAAUAUUCAGAACACAUUUGCAAGCUGUAACUGUGGAGGAAACAUUGAUCUGAACAGUCUCGACAGCAGCUACGACACGUCUACAUUUCCAUCCGUCACUAGUCAAAUCAGUGCCAUUGACAAUGCCAUACAGUUCCCAGUCACAACCACCGUGGACUCCGCAUUAACAGUGCUGAAUGACCUUCCCUGUGAAUUGAGAACUAAGAUCCAGUCUGCCAUUGAGGAUGUGAAAACUACCAUGAACAAUUUUGAAGACCAAAGUUUACAAGAUUUGAUCUCCAUAAUGAGCUUGCUGACCUCAACGUUUAAUGUGUCUGAUUACAGUGGAGCUGCUGAUGUUUACAUUGACUAUGUCAAACAGUAUGAUGCCUACAGGGUGAAUGCUGGCAUGGGAUUGGCUGGACUGGUGUUGGUGAUAACGGUCCUCAUGUGGUUAGGCCUCUUCCUCGGGAUCUUUUUCUCCAGCGUUGAUGAUCCACCCACUGAGAGAAGCAGUCUGUCUAAUGCUGGGGGAAACAUGCUGAUUGCGUCAGUGAUCCUGAUUUUUGCCUUCUCCUGGCUUUUCAUGUUACUUGCCACCCUCACUUACGCCCUGGGGGCCCCUCUAGAGAGAUGGGUGUGUCAGCCUGCGUCUGAUAUCAACUCGCCACUGUACACUGAGUUUCUGGACAAACCAGGAGGUCCACUUGGUGAGGGCUACUUUAUCGGAAACGCUCUCUAUGGCAAUUCCAGCAUGGAUAUUACAGUCUCUGGUAUCCUCAGGGACUGCAUUGAGGGAAAGGCAGCCUACAGUGCUAUUCGCCUGAACAAUUUCUAUGAUGUUGAUGAAUACCUGGAUUAUGCAGGUUACAUUGACUUUCAAGGUCAGCUGUCCUCAUUACAAUCUCACCUGGCGGUGUCUGUUAAUAUCAUAACCCCACAACUAGAGAGUAGUUUCCAGAGUGUGAAGGAUGCCGUCAAUGUAGACACGGAUCUUUUUAUCACACAGCUGGACAAGCCUUUGACUGACGUUGAUUUGUUUGAUUUUGCCCAAUCUCUGAGAAGCCUAGGAGAUGAUUUAGUGGCUGAUGCCAAUGCAGAUGCUUCAGCACAAGCGACUCGCACGGAGCUGUAUAAUCUUGCUGGGUCAGUGGAUUCCAUCAGAACCACUGAAUUACUAAACCUGCAAAACUCUGUGAAUUCCUUGAAGACAAAUGUAACAACUCUACAUAAUCAGAAGAACCAGGUGGUUGUUGAUGUGGACAAUUUGGCGGCUGCUCUGAGAAGUACGGAAGACUAUCUGAAUAAUGGUGCCACACCUCUGUUAGAACGGGAAUCUGGGAAUUACGUAUACAGGCUUACAAGAACCCUGAACUCUUACAUUACAUACACCAGCAAUGCUGUAAAAAAUGACUUGGGAAAAUGUGACAUACUUUACAAGCUGUUUGCAGACAUGUUUACUAUUGGAGUCUGCAAAUACACCCUGGAUGCCUUUAAUGCAAUUUGGUUUUCCCUGGGCUGGUGUAUAUUGUUCUUCUCCACAAGCAUUGUGUUUGCCGUGAAACUUUCCCAGCAUUUCCAAUGUAUGCACCAACAGGAUGGCAGGGAUUAUGAGUCAAAGCAAAGUGCUGAAGAGAGCCCUCCUGAUGAUUCGGGUAUGGUCCAGUCUGAGGAUAUGGAUUAUGAGUCAAAGCAAUGUGCUGAAAAGAGCCCUCCUGGUGAUUCGGGUGUGGUCCAGUCUGUUGACGUAGACGAAGAGGAAGACAAUAUUGUAUGACACCCAGUAAGCAGUGAAGUCGCACAUUUUGGGUGGAUUAAUGCUAAAGGACACAAGAGACUGGAAUUUAGAACUGAGGAAGAAAUUUUAUUUUUUUUCAGAAAUGUUUUUUAACAAGACAUCACAAAUAUCAGUAUUUAUUAAAUGUUGUGUAUGCAUGACUUAAUUCUCUUGUGAAAAAAUGAAUUGUAAAUGUUGACCACAAGAUGUAAAUAACGUAACUCUGAUAACGUAUACAAAUAUGCAUGAGGUUGGUUUCUUAACCUUUAAUCAUGUAUAAAGAAAAUUAAAUUAAGCAAUGCCACUCAUUGAGUCUAAAAAUA